AUGGCUACCGCUACUGCACCUGAAGCACCCGACGUUCGCGUUGUCACCACCAUUGGGCACGUCGACCAUGGCAAGACCACUCUCAUGGACGCACUCCUUGCCGCAAAUAACAUCAUAUCUUCGCGAAUGGCCGGAAAAAUUAGAUAUCUAGACAGCAGAGAGGAUGAGCAGGAGCGCGGUAUUACUAUGGAAAGUAGUGCCGUCUCCUUGCGUUUCAAAGUCCUGGAAAAAACAGCCGAUGGAGGAAGCUCCCCAAAGACAUAUGCAGUCAAUAUGAUAGACACUCCGGGUCAUGUCGACUUCUCUAGUGAGGUAUCGACUGCCUCUCGUUUAGUCGAUGGAGCCCUUGUAUUGGUGGACGUUGUGGAAGGCGUAUCCUCGCAGACUGUUUCAGUUUUGAGGCAGGCAUGGCAGGACCGCUUGAAGCCCAUCCUUGUCAUCAAUAAACUCGACCGGCUGGUAACCGAGCUCAAAUUGUCCCCCGUCGAAGCAUACCAGCAUUUGUCCCAGCUUGUGGAACAAGCGAACGCCGUCAUGGGAUCUUUCUUCGCGGGAGAAAGGAUGGAGGAUGAUCUCCGAUGGCGUGAAGAACGCGAGCGGCGUUUGGCUCAGAAGAAGGAAUCCGACGCAGACGAAGCCGACGCCAUUAUCAACGCGAGCGAGCAGGCAGCCGAUGCGGAAUUUCAAGAAAAAGACGAUGAAGAUAUCUACUUCGCUCCAGAAAGGGGAAACGUCAUCUUUGCCUGUGCGAUCGACGGGUGGGGCUUCAGGGUGGGGAAAUUCGCUCAAAUAUUCUCCAAGAAGCUCGGUAUACAGGAGGCGAAAUUUAGGAGGGUACUGUGGGGUGACUUUUAUUUAGAUCCGAAGACGAAGAGGGUCAUCAGUCACAAACAUCUUCGAGGUCGAUCCUUGAAGCCACUAUUCGUGCAAAUUGUGUUGGACAACAUUUGGGCGGUGUACGACGCUGUAUCCAUCAAUCCCAAUCCUGACAAAGUGGACAAAAUAGUCUCUACAUUAAACCUCAAGAUCCCGCCCCGCGAACUCAAAUCCAAGGACAGUCGCCAACUUCUCUCCCUCAUCUUCAACCAAUGGCUACCCCUGUCCACUGCCGUCAUCCAGACGAUCAUCGAUGUUGUCCCAUCUCCACCUGUCGCUCAGCCUUCUCGUAUCCCGAAGAUGCUUUAUCCGGAUUUGUAUGAGUCCACCAUAGCGCCGAAGAACAAACUCGAAAAGGAUCUCUACUCUUGUAAUGGAGAAGACGAUGCGUGCGUCGUAGCCUACGUUAGCAAGAUGUUCGCGACCCCCGCGGCUGACUUGCCGGAGAACAAGAAGAAGCCUCUAACGGCAGACGAGAUGCGUGCGAAGGCUAGAGAAGCGAAGGAGGCUAGACAGCGAGCACUCGAAAACGGAGAAGACGGUCAAACCGCUCUUGACAGUUCCGCUUCGCUCCCUACUCCUCCCCUUGACGCCAACGCAUAUGCGGAGCCUACAGGUGACCUCACAGAAGCAGAUGAGGUGUUGCUUGGCUUUGCCCGUCUUUACUCAGGUAGCCUGCGUGUUGGUUCUACGAUUGGGUGUGUUCUUCCGAAGUACAGCAAUGCUCUCGGGCGGAAUCACGGACGCAACAAACCCCACUACGUCGAGACAAAGAUCGAGGGCUUGUAUACGAUGAUGGGAAGAGACCUUGUUGCAGUGGAGCGUGUCGAUGCUGGCAAUGUGUUUGCGAUCAAGGGCCUUGAGGGCAAAGUGUGGCGCUGUGCCACUCUCUGCUCCCCUCGAGCGUCGGGCAUUCAGGAGUCGGAUACCGUGGAGGACUGGUUGAUCAACUUGGGCGGCAUCAGCCUUCAGGCUCCUCCUAUCGUUCGUGUCGCUCUGGAACCCGCUAUCCCAGCUGAGCUACCGAAACUCGUGCGAGGCUUAAAGCUCCUCAGCCAAUCCGAUCCAUGCGCGGAGACUUUCCAGCAGCAAACCGGAGAGUAUGUGAUCUUGACCGCCGGUGAACUGCAUCUGGAGAGGUGCUUGAAAGAUUUGAGGGAGCGUUUCGCCAAAGUCGAAAUCCAAGCGUCGAAGCCAAUAGUACCUUUCCGCGAAACUGCAGUGAAAGCCCCAGACAUGGGUCCUUCGAAGACCGCGAACGCUGCUCGUGGCACGAUACACGGGACCAACUAUCUCAAUCUCGUCAACUUCACGAUCCGCGCUAGUCCCUUGCCGCUUGCAAUCGUACGCUUCUUGCGCGAUAAUGUUUCGGUUUUGAAACGCUUGCAGCUCGAACGCGCGGUCGUAGACAAUGACAUGGCCGCGGCUGAGGAAGACGAAGGGGAGCAGGCGGCCGUCGCAGGUGACGUCGUCCAUGUGCCGACGGUCCGCCCCGAUGAAUAUUGGGAGCAGCUCAGAAUACUGUGUAAGGAGGCUGGUGGGGAGUGGGCAGAGAUUGUGGACACGAUUUGGGCGUUUGGACCCCGCGGCGCCGGAGAAUGCCUGUUAAUUGACGCUAGAAAAGAUGGAAGGCCAAACUCACUUAAGCGCCGCUUAGACCGGACGAAGGGCAAUCUGGCCGACGACAGCACGGAUCAGCUCUCGAGAGACUUCGAUGGCAACAUCGAGACAGGAUUCCAAAUUGCGACAUUCCAAGGCCCACUGUGUGCAGAGCCCGUGGAAGGCAUCGCAUAUUUCGUCGAGCGCGUCGAGAUCGAUAAGGAUGGUGUGGAAAAAGAACGUCUAACGGGAUCGCUAAUUUCUGCAGUCAAGGAGGCAUGUAGGAACGGGCUACUGGACUGGUCUCCGCGGCUGAUGCUAGCGAUGUACUCCUGUGACAUUCAGGCCUCGACUGAUGUGCUAGGCAAAGUGUACGGUGUCGUGGCCAAGCGCCGUGGGAGGAUUGUGGCCGAAGAAAUGAAGGAAGGCACCUCGUUCUUUACGGUGAAGGCGCUCCUGCCCGUAGUAGAGAGCUUCGGAUUUGCGGACGGUAUGUUAUCUCCGCCAUGCGCAUUCAGAAAAGGCACUGAUGAAAAGUAUGAGAUGCUAGACCAAGAUCCAUUCUGGGUACCCACGACAGAAGAGGAAUUAGAGGAUCUUGGAGAAAAGGCAGAUCGGUCGAAUGUGGCAAAGGGAUAUGUGGAUAAUGUGCGGGAGCGUAAGGGGAUGUUUGUGGACAGAAAGAUCGUCGAGUUUGCGGAGAAACAGCGAACGCUGAAACGGUGA